AUGAUAGGAUCUGCCAACCUUGUUGGUAGCACUUUCUAUUUUGAUACUUUUUCUAUGCUUGAUUAUAAUAAUGAUUCUCAUACAUGCUUGUUGCCUAGUGUUGGUAAGAAUGUUUAUAUUAUAGAUAGUGGUGUCACUGAUCACAUGACAUCUGAUAAAACCAUUCUUUCUAACCUUACACCUCUUCUUGUUCCUUAUUUGGUAGCUUUGCCUAAUGGCUACAAGGCAAAGUACAAUUUGAUUUCUGUGCACAAACUUAUUACGCAAUUUCAUUGCAUGGUCUUAUUCACUUCUGUUUCUUGUAUUCUUAUACGGGACCUUUCCAUGAGGAUGCUUCUGGAUCUUGGUAAAUUGGACCAAGGACUCUAUAAGCUUCUUCACGACAAGAUUGUCAUACCUGUUUCUACUGCUUCUAGCUUAUUUCUUCCUGAUAGUGUGCUUCAUUCUUCUACUAGUACUAAGCCUACAUCUAACAUAAUUUUAAAGAAGCCAGAUCCAGUGGUAGUAGCAACAAAGCUGCUAGCACGAAAAAAAUUCGUGGACACAGGAAAACAAUUUAACAUGAUUGCUGCUUCUUGGAUACAAUUUAUGAUUCUUGAUUGGAUUGACCACUUGGAUGGAAGUGCUAUUUAUGGGAGCAACGUAGAGGUUUUGAAGAAAGUGAGAACAUUUAAAGAUGGAAAGUUAAAACUAUCAGCAGAUGAGCUCCUUGAACAAGAUGAAAAUGGAAAAAUCAUCUCUGGUGAUGUUCGCAACACUUGGACAGGACUUUUGACAUUGCAGACGCUCUUUGUUCAAAAAAAAUAUUCAGAUUUGGACGAUGAAGACUUGUAUCGUCGUGCAAGGCUGGUGACUUCUGCUAUCAUUGCAAAAGUUCAUACCAUGGAUUGGACUGUUGAGCUUCUCAAACUGAGACAACGCUUGCAGCACUACGUACCAAUUGGAAAGAAGUUUAAAGAUACAUUUGGGCAUGUUGGAGGUUCCAUUUUGGGUAGUUGUGUGGGAUUGAAGAAACCUGAGAAUCAUGGCGUGCCUUAUUACUUGACAGAGGAGUUUGAUCCCAAUGGGAGAUCUAAUAGGGGGGAAGGAGAAAAGAAUUUAUCACGAACUGAACUUACUAAGCAAAUGGUUUCAAUGGGCCACCAAGCUUGUGGUGCUCUUGAGCUUUGGAAUUAUCCAAUACGGAUGAGGGAUCUUGUUACCCAAGACAUUGAAGGGAAUGAUAGGCCAGAUCAUAUUGACCUUGCAGCUCUUGAAAGUAAGGACAGAGAAAGGAGUGUUGCUAGAUACAAUGAAUUUCGCAGGGAAGAUCUGACGGAUAAUGAGGAAGCCAUUAAAACUCUCCGUGAAGUAUAUGGUGAUGAUGUAGAAGAAUUGGAUCUAUUAGUGGGGAUAACGGCAGAGAAAAAGAUCAAGGGUUUUGCCAUCUCCGACACUGCCUUUUUCAUAUUCCUGCUCAUGGCAUCAACGAGGCUCGAAGCAGAUAAAUCUUUCACUAGCAAUUGCAACGAGGAGACAUACACAAAGAAAGGACGGGAAUGGGUGAAUACAACUGAAAGCUUGAAAGAUGUGUUGAUAGAUCAUCAUUAUCCAGAGAUGACUGAAAAAUGGAUGAAUUUCAGUUGCGCAUUCUUUGUGUAG